CAUCAUGCACUGCGAGGCUGUUACUUGCUAGCAAGGGAAAAAAAAAAAUAGUCCGGUGGUUAGCUGAGCCGAAGUGAACGGGCUGUGUGGACAGAUCGAUAGAUAGUAGAAGAAGAUUUUUUUUUUCCGUGUUUCAUUUGAAUCAGUAAAUAUAUAUAUUCGCCAAGAUGAAUGAUAACGAGAAGUUGGACAACCAGCGGCUGAAAAAUUUCAAGAAUAAAGGUCGCGAUUUGGAAACAAUGAGAAGACAGCGCACAGAGGUGGUUGUCGAACUGAGAAAGAAUAAGAGGGAUGAGCACCUUUUGAAAAGGAGGAACGUGCCUCAUGAGGACAUCUGCGACGACUCUGACGUGGAUGGAGAUUUCAGGACGCAAAACACCUCAUUGGAGGCAAUCGUUCAAAAUGCCACCAGUGACAACCAGGGCAUUCAGCUGAGUGCAGUGCAGGCUGCCAGGAAACUGUUAUCGAGUGACCGCAACCCUCCCAUAGAUGAUUUGAUAAAGUCUGGUAUUCUGCCUAUUCUUGUGCACUGCCUGGACAGAGAUGACAACCCGUCUCUGCAGUUCGAGGCAGCUUGGGCUUUGACCAACAUCGCUUCAGGGACCUCGGAGCAAACGCAGGCAGUCGUGCAGUCCAAUGCAGUUCCCCUGUUCCUGAGGCUGCUUCACUCUCCCCAUCAGAAUGUGUGUGAGCAAGCUGUCUGGGCUUUAGGUAACAUCAUUGGUGAUGGUCCCCAGUGCAGGGAUUAUGUAAUCAGCCUGGGUGUCGUCAAGCCCCUGCUGUCCUUCAUCAGCCCCUCCAUCCCCAUCACCUUCCUGCGCAAUGUCACCUGGGUUAUGGUUAACCUGUGCCGUCACAAGGAUCCGCCCCCACCCAUGGAGACCAUCCAGGAGAUCCUGCCUGCCCUGUGUGUCCUGAUUCAUCACACAGAUGUCAAUAUCCUCGUGGACACGGUCUGGGCUCUGUCUUAUCUGACCGACGCUGGCAACGAGCAGAUCCAGAUGGUUAUAGACUCUGGCAUCGUUCCCCACCUGGUGCCCCUCCUUAGCCACCAGGAGGUCAAAGUUCAGACCGCAGCUCUGCGUGCAGUGGGAAACAUCGUGACUGGCACUGACGAACAAACACAGGUGGUGCUGAACUGCGACGCCCUGAGCCACUUCCCUGCCUUGCUCUCUCACCCCAAGGAAAAGAUCAACAAGGAAGCGGUGUGGUUCCUGUCUAACAUCACAGCUGGGAACCAGCAGCAGGUUCAGGCAGUUAUCGAUGCCGGUCUGGUGCCCAUGAUCAUCCUUCUGCUCGACAAGGGAGAUUUCGGCACUCAGAAAGAGGCAGCUUGGGCCAUCAGUAACCUCACAAUCAGCGGUAGAAAAGAACAGGUGGCAUACCUGAUCCAGCAGCAGGUCAUUCCACCCUUCUGUAACCUGCUGACAGUCAAGGAUGCUCAGGUGGUGCAGGUGGUUCUGGAUGGACUAAGCAAUAUUCUAAAGAUGGCUGACGAAGAGGCAGAAACCAUUGCGAACCUGAUUGAGGAGUGUGGAGGAUUGGAGAAAAUUGAGCAGCUGCAGAAUCAUGAGAAUGAGGAUAUCUACAAACUUGCUUACGAAAUCAUCGAUCAGUUCUUCUCGUCUGAUGAUAUUGAUGAGGACUCGAGUCUGGUUCCAGAGGCCAUCCAAGGUGGAACAUACGGAUUUAAUUCAUCAGCCAACGUGCCAGCCGAGGGAUUCCAGUUCUAGAAGGGCGACGUGAAAUCUGGAGAUUUGUUUGCGAUGCAGCAUUCUAACAUGUACAAAAAAAAUUAAUUAGGAGAGAAAGAGAGAAGCGCGCGCGAAUGUGAGAAAUUAGAUCCAUUGUGCUUGGCUCAUGGGAUCCAUGGCUGCAUCUAAUCCAAGAGAAAUUGUGUGGAUUUCGUUUGGCAUCCUGGCGUGAAUCCAGUCCAAAUGAAGUUUGACAGCGAGUGGGUGCGAGUGAGAAUGAGUGGGCUACUAAAUGUUGCAAAAACACAACCAUCUACACCGAAUGCGUUCAGAGGACAUUUCGCGAAAUGUCACACAAAUAUCAGGACGUGUCUACUAAACGACAAACAAAAGCAAAUCGGCGCAAAAAAAAAAAAAACACGGGGAGAAACAAGAUGUCACAACCAAGCAAUUGGACGGAAUGACACAAUACGGAUAAAACCUCUGAACAAGAAUAUACACAAAAACAAACUGAGCAGCGGGAGGUGUCGUAACGGCUGGCGUCUCCCCCCUCCCUCCCCACAAUGGGCCCCGCUGUGGGAGGUGUGUGCGAGUGAGCCAUUUCUGCGUAUGAAUGUAUGGACUUGGGGCCGAGGACGCGGAGCUUACCUCCGAACUUUCAGCGCAUGUCGUUCCCCCGACUGCGCAAUGUGUGCAAAGUCAGCGAACGAAUGGGUGUGCGUUUGUGUGUGCGCGCGAGCGAGAGAAAGGAAGGGUGCGUGUGUGUGAGACUGACUGGAAUGUGUGUCAGGCAGGGCUGAAUGCUGAUGUGUGUGGAGAGUCAUCAUUUGAAAUACUGAAAGGAGCGUUAAUACAAAGUAGUCCGGAAAAUCAAAUAAAGGAAAAAAAGAAGUAACAGCAAGGAAGAAGCGGCUAAAAAAAACUUAAAGAAUAAUAAUAAAAAAAAAUUGUCAAGCAACAGCAAUGAUUUAAAAUUGAAAAGAAAAAAAAAGACAUCAGGUUUCUUUUCUUUCUUUUAUUUUUUAACAACACUGGACUAGGCUCAAAAGUGGAGUAAAGUGACGAGAGGGUCGUCGUGUUUAAAAAUGAUGCACUCUGUAGCUUUCGGGAUUUGCUUUUAGGCGCCAGUGUUUCUUCUUUUUUUUCAUUUUUAUUUUAGCUUCUAAAUAUAUUUUCAAUGCUUAUGUAGAACUGCAGUUUAACCCGUACAAUCCCUCAAUAAGAGUACCACUGUAGUUUUGCCUUUCUGGGGGAAAAAAAAAACAAGUUGCAAUCAUCCAUUCUUACAUUUUCAAUACUCUGUAUUACUCUUCUGCAUGGAUUAUUUGUUUUUUAUUUUGCUUCUUGUAGGUUCUCAGUAGAGCCCUCACGCCUCCUUUGGUGGGAAUAAAUGGAGAAUUAAGGCCAUUUUAUGUAAAGUCAUGAAUUUCCAUCUUUGUGUACUUUUAUGGGUUUUUACUUUUGUUAGCAAAUUUUCUUUCCCCCCUUCCUUUUUAUUUGUAAGCUGCUUUUUAUAUUACAUCUUUUCCACCUCCCCAUCCCUGUACUCAACUCUCAGUACCCACUUGAUCUGCUUCAGUCUAACCUGUUUUUUAUUUGUAUUUUUUUUUUUUUUGCGUACACAUUGAGGACAGAGUGUGACGAGUGCAAAUUUAGGGCCGACAUGCCUGUCCCCAUCAAACUAUAUGCAUAAUACAAAUACAAUCUUGACUUCUUUUUUUUUUUUUUUAUAUAUAUAUAUAUGUAUAUGUAGAUAGUCCUAAUUAAUGUCAAGCCACAUUAGAGGUGUAAUUCUUCAUGAUAGUUUCAAUGAUUUGAAAUAAAUGACCUGCCUCUUA